AGACGUAAUCAAUUGUAAUAGCUGGUAAAGAAAAAUAUCAUUUAAUUAGAAUGUAACACGAAGUUCUUAUCCAUUCAUAUUGGUUAUUUUGUGACAUACUGUUUGAUACAAGGAAUUUAUAAGGCUAUUGAAGACAUUAUUAUUAGGGAAAUACAUCAAUGCCUCAAAGAAGACCUUAUACUGAUGGCUUGCCAUCGAUCAAUGGGAAAUUGUUGUUGGAAUAUAACAGAUAUCAACGACUCUCGAAAUCUCUUGGCUCUCGUUCAGUUCGAGAGAAAAUAGUUCGGGAAAAGAAACUCUCAAACGAUCAAUCGGCAACAACCUUUGGCCAACCAUGUUCUUUCCAUAGAGAAUCACUGCACUUCUAUUGCCAUACACAUAAAGAACCAGCAUGUAUAGUUUGUGCAACAACUAUGCAUAAAGUCUGCAACGUUGUGACAGUGACAGAAAAUGCCGCCAAAUCUCAGCAAACCUGCGUCAAUUUAGAAGACAUACAUCAAACAGUAGAAACUGUAUUAGACAAUAUAGAAAAAAUCAAAACAGACAGGGAAGAAAAUUUAACAAAGUUGUUGUUACAGAAGAAUACUAUUGAAAAGGAAAUACACAGUAUGCGCAAGAAAAUGAAUGAACAUUUAGAUCAUAUCGAAAAAGAAAUAAUUGGUGAACUGAAUGAAACGUUCAGAAAGCACAAAAACGAAACGGAUCAUCUGCUGAAAAAUAUAGAUCACCGAAAGCAGGGAAUAAGGGAACUCCAGAAUACUAUCAUAAAGGCCAAAACUAUUGAAACAGACGUCGAAGCUUUCUUGGUGGGAAAACGGAUCGAGCAAAAAAUCAAUGAGGAAGAAAAAUUCGUAGACCAUUUUUAUAACGACGAAUCUAUAAAACAAUCUGAUUUUGAAUUCAAGCUCAGUCCGGCUAUCAAUUCGUUCUUUGUUGACAUAAAAUCGUUUGGGGGUAUUAUCGUACGAAAAACUCCAAGUAGGGUAAAUCUAAUUCGUACCGUUCACAAAGUAAAACCUCCAGAUGCAGGGUUUCAGCUUGCUCGACAUGUGAGCCACAUUAAAUUAAGACUACACGAAAAAACAUACAAUGCGACUGGUAUACAAGACUUACGACCAUUGCCACACAUAUACGGUGGUUUACAGAGACAAACAACGAUGUAGUUAAAACCUGCAAUGUAUGACUAAUAGAAUUAUCUCGCAUUUA